AUGAAACGCCUUCUUUUCGCCCUCUUCGUCAUCGGAGCCACUUUGGCAUGGCUGCCUCAACCAGUGCCAAAACCUGAAGUUAUUGGAAAAGGAAACCAAACAGUGACUGCUGUAUUGUACACAUACAUUUUAUACGACAGCAAAAACAGCUCGGAGCACAAGCGCUUUUUAAACGAAACAAAGAUUAGCGAAUAUUUCGCAUUGAUGGGAGACGUGGACGUGGUGUCGCUAGCACGCCAUACAAUUACUAACUCACUAACUUAUUCUUUCAACGUGAAAAACGCUGACUGUAAAAAGAUAAAACUCUGGAUGGAUCAAAUCGUCCCAAGUUCGCCAAUCUAUGAAGCCGCCCAAGUAUAUUGCCCGAAACCGAUUACGCCAACACCACCGGAUCUAGAAAUUAAACCGGUGCCAAAACCUGCAAUUAUUGGAAAAGGAAGUGAAAUGGUUGCGGUUGAAAUAUACACCUCUGUUGUAUACGAUUACGAUGAUCGCUCAGCGGUAAAUAAGUACUUAGACUACUUCAACAAAAUGAAAAUUGAAGAGCACUUAGAAUCCAUCGGUGAAUCAGGAAAUCUGGUGCUUUCAGGCAGGGAAGGCUACGUGUACUACUACUUCGUAAUAAGGAAAGUGUAUCUGUGA